UAAGAAAGGCACGGCUCACGUAAAGCCCAAUCAGCAUAUCCAGCACGCGAGAUGCUAUCCACUGAAGAUGUACUGCCCUAUGCAAGUUGGGACAUCCAGAAGCUUGUGGGCCUGCAUUAGUGUGCUAUUCAGCUUUGCCUCGCGUACAAGACUCGCUACGAUGGUCGCGCCCCAAAUGUCUUGAAUGUACAGCCUGCUUAUGGUAAACGCCUCUGUCAGCUGUGGAGCGACCCACGCUUUUGGUCUCCCAGGACUCAGAUUUUACUAAGAUCGAUUUCUGUACACCUUAAUCCAUGGAGCACAGAGAGAACUACUACAAUAUCAUGAACGGUUCUAAUCGUACCCCUUCUCAAGGGGAGUGGAGUCCUCCACCACCGCAAUUCGAAGAACAAGACCACAUCUACACAUCCCAAGGCUCGCCACACGCUAACUCUCCUCCGUCACCAUAUCCGUCAAUGCCACACUCUCCUCCACCACCGCUCUCUCCACCUUUGCAUGUCUAUCAGCAACCCUCACCGCAGGAGUAUCAGCAAGGGUAUGUCAAUAGCCCUGUAUCGACAGAGAAGGAGACGCCGUAUGCCACGCACCUAGCUAUCGGCAGUCCCACACCAGACUACUCUGCACCACAAGUUGUGCCGAGUCAACAAGAAUAUCCGUUCAGAGGUCACCCCUUUUCACCGUCCUCCCAUGGAGGCAGCACGCUCGGUUCACCUCAGCCAACAAGACCGUACGCUUUCAAAGAGCAUGUCGAUCCACAAGAUGAACAUGUCCCAAGGUCGGGUUCUGUCCCGCCACCAGUCCCACCGAAAGAUAAAAGGAAGUGUGGAUUGAGAAAACGCACUUUUUGGAUGAUGACGUGUUGCAUUAUCUUUUGGCUUGUGGCUCUUGCAGUGGGCCUUGGUGCAGGGUUGGGCAUCGGGCUAUCCAAAAAGAACGAGAGCAAUGAGAUAAAAAUGGACCCGUUCUGCCGCGAUCACCCCAAGCUCUGCAUUGGUGGCUCCCUCAACGCCGAGUAUUUUUCGGACAAGGGAGCUUUCAACGGAUCUGGCAUUGCUCUUGCUGGAGAAUCCUGGAAUCCAACAACCGGGACCCUUUUCACCGUUUACUUUCAACAUCACACGGGCGACAUCAGAUACAUGAAAUAUACCAGCGGCCAGAAAUGGCUAGGUGGUGGCAUCACAGAGACAGUUGCAAGUAAUGCCAAGAACGCCACACCGAUCUCGGCUGUAUCGUAUGCUGCCAAUUCAACGCAAUUUUUCCAUGUGUUUUACGUCGGAGACGACAACAUGGUCAAGCAGGUUACCCAAACCAAUGAGUCAACAGCCACUCAGCUGUGGACGGAUGGACCCCUUAGCAAACAGAAUCUGCAGGUCUAUGCGGAUGCUCCCACCACCGGGCUCCAAGCGUGUUGGAAAGGUAACUUUUACGGCGAUGCUGAUUACAAAAAGUUUCCCACGGUCAGCGGGGAUGUCAACAACAUAACUUUUGAUAACAGACUAGGCAUGAACAUCUGGUAUGCACUAGAUGAUAGUGUAUUUAACCAGUACGCCUGGUUUGCCGGCAGUCCGGAGUGGAAAUUCAUCCAGAAGUGGCAGGGGUUCAACACACAAGCUGGUGUUGGAUGCUAUAGCUGGGGAACUGGCACGACUCAAUACGCAAUGAUGGUUAAUAAAGGCGACGAUGUCGAAUUCUACUGGAAAGACACUGAUACUAACACGAGCACCAUUAUUCAGGACGAAGACCAUCCUUACAACGUGUUUGUAAAUGCCUCUCAAGCAACUAUUCCAGACGUCUGGCCUUCGACAUCGUUGGGCUUCACCGAGUUUUUCUAUGCUCAGUCGGCCGAUAGAAGCAUACGAGGCUACUCUAUAGACUUCAACGCUGAGAACACGUCCUAUCCUAUGCACGAAAACUUCACAGUACAAACACCCGCCGCCCCCCUGUAUGCACUUGGGGGCACACACAUGAGCGUUUCUUCUGCCGAGGAGAAGGACGACAACGGAGAUGUACUGUAUGACAGCUUAUAUGUCUUUUUCCAAGAGAAUGGCAAUGAUAUCACGGCGGCAACAAGGAGAAUAAAGGGUGGCGAGUGGACGAUUGCACCACUCAAGAUCCCAGAUGCAUAGACUCGACACAGCGUUGUGACUACAGACAGCAGAAUCGCUUGGUCGCUUGUAGGAAAGCUUGUCGGAGAACAUUCGAAGAAUCCACGAACAUGUUGUAUUUGCUACAUUUCUGUCAGAUAUUCUGCGUUUAUCGAUUCGUAUACAAUUGCUUGGGGAAAGGGCGUUACGGGGUUUAACUUUUCCCGAUGGCUGGGAUGAUGCACAAUUGUACAUACUCUUUGACAAAGAGUCUGAUCCUAUUUAGCGACUGUAAUACGGGUGCACACUGCUUCAUGCUGUUCAUCAUUGCAAUUUACUAGCCCCAACACAAAGUAUUGGCCUUGUUAAGACAUGCUUUGCUCAUGCGCUGCAGAGCUGUGUGCACAUUUGGUACAUCAUGGACUA